UAGUUCCUUCGAUAUCGUAAUUAGUGCUUCAUUUCCAUUACAAAAGCCAAAGCGGACGCAAAAAAUCAACAAAACACAUAAAAUGCCAAGUCCUCUGAAGCGUUGCCAGAUAGUCAAACGGAGAGGUGCCAAGCUGGAAGCUUAUUAACAGACGGAUCAGUCAACGCGAGCAGAAAUGAUGCUAAUGUCAGAGCUGAAAAGUAUCCAUUUCUGGGCAAGUGCCCUGGUGGAGCUGAUUGCGACUUUCUUUUUCAUUUUCCUUACCACUGGUACAACCAUCACGUGGAAUCCGCUUCAUCCACCGUCCACGGAACUGAUUUCUUUGUGCUUUGGGUUCAGCAUUGCCACACUGGCCAUGUGCAGCUUGCAUCUCAGUGGCGGACACAUCAACCCCGCCGUUAGCAUUGCCAUGAUGGCCAUCAGGAAAGUUUCCGUUUUUCGAGGGAUAACCUACGUUAUUUUUCAGCUGGCUGGAGGUAUCGCUGGCUCAGCGGUAUUGAAAUACAUCACACCUGACGAGAAACGCGGAACCCUGGGAGCGACAGUCCCAGGCCCCGGUGUGACCGCGGCACAAGCGGUAGGGAUUGAAAUAUUGCUGACAUUCCUUCUGGUCUUCACUGUGUGCGCUAGUACAGACUCCAAGAGGAAUCACUAUGGAUACGAAGUCCCGCUGUCUAUCGGCCUUUGUGUAGCUGUGUGUCAUUUUAUUGGGAUUGGUUUUACGGGAUGUGGUAUAAAUCCUGCACGUUCGUUUGGUCCAGCGGUCAUCAUGAACAAAAAAGAAAUCUGGGAGGAUCACUGGGUGUACUGGGCUGGGCCAAUUGGAGGAGGUUUGGUGGCAGCACUUCUGUACCAGUUGGUUUUUCGAUCCCGAAAAGAGAUGGGCGCCGCUGCUGAGUCAGUCAACGAAUUGGAUCUUUACGCAGAUUCAAAGCUGUAAACUGUCGGCUGAUUGCAGCUCCGCUCUUCUUUUUUAAAAGAAAAAACCUUGCCCUCUAGAUUGUUUAGUUAUCGUGCUGAGUUUAGCUUAGCUUUUUUUUGAAAGCCUAGUUUUUUUAUCUUUAUGUAGCUUGUCAAAGCAUGACCAAGCAUUGCUUCCGAUGUUUUCGCUGAGAGCUAAGUCAGUGCUUGACAUUUUACGAGCGCAAAAGUGGUCUAAAGAUUUUUCAAUGUACAUGCGGAUCGAAAAACUUUCAUUAUGAACAGUGUGAAAUUUAGCGAAGUAAAUAUAGAAAUUCGUAACUGUAGUAAGCUUUUUGCUGAAUAACAAAUCAAAAGAAGAUUUUGUUUGGUUCAACACUUUUGGGCAUCUCAUAGGCCGUUGAAUCAUUUGCUUUUCUUCCACUAAAUAUUCGACAAGCAAUCUUGUUUGAUUAAGAAACUGUAUGUAAAUUAUCCCAGAUAACUAUAAUUUCUAUAUAUUCCGGAACAUUGAUUAUUGAACUUAAGGCGAAAAAAUGACGUCCUGCGUGUUACAUCAAUACAAGUAGGAGUAGUUAGAUUUUUACGUUUUUGUCACAGCCGUAAGACUUAAAGUAGGCUGUUUUCAACCUUCAGAUGAGUUUUGAGCACUUCUAACUUAGUUCUAGUUUAGAUUUGUUAGUCGUUUUAGAAAGUCAGUGUUUGUUUGUUCUUUGAUUUUACUCUACGUAUCAAACGGUAUAUAAUUGUAAGACUUAUAUUAUGCAUUUGAAGGAUACUUACUCGAUUUCUCAAGACGAAAAUUUUAAAAUUCCUCUAAAAUUUGGUCGAUCAGUCAGUAACUCAGUGAAAAUAAACGCAUUGAGUUCUUCAUUGAUUA